AUGGAAAACGAACAAGUUGCAAGUAAGGAAAUGAAAGUUGAGAUUCCAUCAAAGAGUGAAGUGAUGUCAAGUAGUGUUGGAGGUUCAAAUGUGGGACAAGGUGGACUUAUGAGACAACCUAGUAUGACCAAAACUAGUUGUCUAUGUUCACCAACAACACACCCUGGUUCAUUUCGUUGUAGGCUUCAUCGGACUCCAAGUCUUCAAAGGACCAAAAGUAUGGAACCAGGAUCGGUGUCUGAUCAGGAUCAACAUUAG